UCCUACUUGUCAGAAGUCAGAAGUCAAAACGUGCGCAAAAUGGAGGCAAACAACAGUUGUUGAUGUUUAUAUUUCCAACAUUUCUAAAUUUAAGACUUAACAAAAACCUGUAACAGAUAAACUCAUUCCGUGCCCCACACAAACCACAAUGCACAUAAAACAGGUGAUUAUCCAGGGUUUCAAGAGCUACCGAGACCAGACAGUCGUGGAACCGUUCGACAAACGACAUAACGUGGUCGUGGGUCGCAAUGGUUCAGGCAAAAGCAACUUCUUCUAUGCAAUUCAGUUCGUUUUAAGCGAUGAGUUCUCGCAUUUGCGUCCAGAGCAGCGCCAAGCUCUUCUCCACGAAGGCACCGGUCCACGGGUCGUCUCGGCGUACGUGGAAAUUAUCUUCGACAAUUCGGAUGCCCGUGUCCCUAUAGAACACGAAGAAAUCUACCUCCGUCGUGUCAUCGGCGCAAAAAAAGACCAGUAUUUCCUCAACAAGAAAGUCGUGCCUCGGAGCGAAGUGAUGAAUUUGUUAGAAUCGGCUGGUUUUUCGAAUUCCAACCCGUACUACAUCGUCAAACAAGGAAAAAUUAACCAGAUGGCGACCGCUCCAGACGCUCAUCGCCUGAAGCUCCUCCGAGAAGUCGCAGGCACCCGAGUUUACGACGAACGAAGAGACGAAUCCAUGGCAAUUUUGCGAGAAACCGAAGGCAAAGUUGAGAAAAUCGAGGAGUUCUUGCGAACGAUCGAAGAGCGACUGAGUACUUUGGAAGAGGAGAAAGAGGAGUUGAAGCAGUACCAACACUACGACAAAAUCCGACGCACCUUGGAGUACAUCAUCCACGAGGUGGAGUUGAACGAGAACAAGAGAAAGCUCGCCGAUUUGGAGAAGCAGAGGAACGAGAGCGGGAACGAGCAGGAGAAGCUCGCGGCGAACUUAAAGAAAGCCCAAGAUAGUAUUAAGGUUUACACGAAGAAAACCAAAGAGACGAAAAAGGAGUUGACGAGCUUGAAAGAAGAGCGGGACAUUUUGAGCAACGAUCAGCAGCACCUCAUCAAAGAGAAAGCGAAGCUGGAUUUGACCAUCAAGGACUUGAGCGAGGAGGUGCAAGGCGACAACAAGUCGAAGGAGCGAGCCGAGAACGAACUGGCGCGUUUGACGCAAUCGAUCAAAGAAAAAGAAGCCGAACUGGAGAAAGUGAAGCCUCAGUAUGAAGCGAUGAAGAAACGCGAAGAAGAAUGUACGAGAGAAUUGGCGCUGAAGGAGCAGAAACGCAAAGAACUGUACGCUAAGCAAGGUCGCGGAAGCCAGUUCACGUCAAAAGAUGACCGCGACAGGUGGAUCCAGAACGAACUCAAAUCGUUAAACAAGCAACUGAAGGACAAGCGCGACCACAGGGACAAACUGGAGGCCGACUUGAAACGCGACGCCGCCAAGACAGUAGAACUAACCAAGAAAAUCGAGGAACAAAGCCAGGAACUGGAGCGUCAGAAGAACUGCAUCGAUGAACACAACAAGCAGUGCUACGAACUGAAGAAGAACAAAGACCAGUACCAGGCGACGAGGAACGAAUUGUGGCGCAAAGAGAACAACGUCCAGCAGAAUUUGUCUUCGUUGAAGGAAGAUUUGGCGAAAGCGGACCAGCAGCUGAGGUCCAUGGCGGGAAAGCCGAUUUUGAACGGACGCGAUAGCGUGAGGAAGGUCUUGGACACCUUCGUGAGCAGGGGAGGACGGGAAGCGGAGAUCGCGAGGUCGUACUACGGUCCGGUUAUCGAGAAUUUUGACUGCGAGAAGAGCAUCUACACGGCCGUCGAAGUGACAGCCGGCAAUCGGUUGUUCCACCACGUCAUCGAUUCGGACAAGGUCGGGACCCAGAUUUUGAAGGAGAUGAAUCGGCAGAAGCUGCCGGGGGAGGUCACUUUCAUGCCCUUGAACAGGUUGAACGUGAGGGACAUCGCUUACCCCAACGACUCGGAUGCCAUCGCCAUGGUGUCGAAGCUCCACUACGACCCGAAGUACGACAAGGCCAUGCGCUACCUCUUCGGCAAAACCCUGAUUUGCCGCAACCUGGACGUCGCCACCAAGCUCGCCCGGACGACCGGUUUGGACUGCGUCACCCUCGAAGGCGACCAAGUCUCCUCCAAGGGGUCUCUCACUGGCGGUUACUUCAACUCGAACCGCUCCCGUCUCGAAAUGCAGAAAACCCGCAGCGAAACCAUGCAACAAAUCGGGCAAUGCGAAGAAGAGCUCCAGUCGCUGCGCGAAGAGCUCACCAAAACCGAGUCCGCCAUCAACAGCAUAGUUUCGGAGAUGCAGAAAACCGAAACGAAGAAUAGUAAAGCGAAAGGGAUUUAUGAUAAAGUUAAAGGCGAGUUGCGGUUGAUGAAGGAGGAGUUGUCGAACAUCGAGAGGUUCCGGGGACCGAAGGAGAGGUCGCUGGCGCAGUGUAAAUCUAGCUUGGAGGCGAUGCAGAGCACGAAAGAGGGGUUAGAGAGCGAGCUACACCAGGAGUUGCUGUCGCAGCUGUCGUUCGCUGACCAAGCGGAAGUUGAUAGUUUGAACGACGACAUACAACGAUUACAAAAAGAGAAUAAAGAGGCUUUCAGUACGAGGAUGAAGUUAGAAGCGGAGAAAAACAAACUGGAGAAUUUGUUGACGAAUAAUUUGAUCAGGAGGAGGGACGAGGUGUUGCAUGCCCUACAAGAAAUCUCCCUGGAAGAUAGAAAGAGACAGCUGCAGAAUUCGAAGAACGAUCUAGAAGAAAUCGACAGGAAAAUCGAGAAGGUUAAUAAGGAGUUGAGCGCGAUGGAGAAUAAAGUGAAAGAAAUGGCGAAACGGUUAAAAUCGGAGCAAGCGGAGUUGGAAAACUACAAAAAGAAGGAGAAAGAUGCGCAAGACAAAAUUGACGAGGACGCUAAACAUUUGGAGAAGUACGCCACGAAGCAAAAUCUCUUAGAGCAGAAAAUCGCAGAGUGCUUUGAUAAGAUCCAGCAGCUGGGGGCGUUGCCAGCGCAGGAUUUGUAUUCGCACUACGUCAAGAUGUCAUCACGAUCGCUCUUCAAAGAACUAGAAAAAACCAACAACCAACUGAAGAAGUUCAGUCACGUCAAUAAAAAAGCCUUGGACCAGUUCAUGAGCUUCUCAGACCAAAAGGAGAAGCUACAAAAACGCAAAGAAGAACUCGAUCGAGGCGGCGAGAAAAUCAAAGAGCUCAUCGCGAUGCUGGAGCAGCGCAAACUGGAAGCAAUCCAGUUCACGUUCAAGCAAGUCUCCAAGUACUUCACCGAAGUAUUUAAAAAGUUAGUACCGACGGGUAAAGCCAAACUCGUGCUGAAAACCGUGGAUAACGAAGAGGGCCGCGACGUGGGUCCGGAAGACACCAACUCCGACCAGUUCAGCGGGAUCGGGAUCAAAGUCUCGUUCACGGAUUCCGACGCGGAAAUGAAGGAGAUGAAUCAGUUGUCGGGUGGACAGAAGUCGCUGGUGGCGUUGGGGUUGAUCUUUGCUAUUCAGAAGUGCGAUCCAGCGCCGUUUUAUUUGUUUGAUGAAAUUGAUCAAGCGUUAGACGCGCAGCACAGGAAGGCGGUGGCGAAUAUGAUCCACGAGCUGUCGGGGGAAGCGCAGUUCAUUACGACUACUUUCAGGCCGGAGCUGUUGGAGCAUGCGCAUAAGUUUUAUGGGGUUAAGUUUAGGAAUAAGGUGAGUCAUGUUGAGUGCGUGACGAGGGACGUGGCGAGGGAUUUCGUCGAGGAUGAUCAGACUCACGGGUAGAUGUAGGUUUUAAAUAAAGUAAUAAAGUCAUACUUAAUGGUGUAAACUUUAUUAGUUUUUAUUCGUUUACUUGUGUAAGUAUAUUUGUAACAUUGAAAAUAAAAGAGUAUUUGUAAUUUGAAAAA